GCAAAAAUCUUACCACACAACUACAGGUUAAAUAUUUAUUGAUUUCAAGAUACCAUUUAUAUUCUAACUGACCCUCAUCGCUACACACGGUUGUAAUUAUUAUUUUCGCAUUCAGUGAUUUGUUUUAGAGACUUCUACUUCAACAAAUGAAAUAUGGAUUUUUUUUAUUAUUUCAGAAAGUUAAGGGAUUUAAUGACUUCAAAGAUUUUAAUAAGCUUGUGCGUUCCUUUAGCUGUCUCUAAUCUUAUCUUCGUUGUCGGGAUGCAACCAUACGUACAAGCAAUGGCUGUUUGUAAGGCAAUGGCUGCUCUGUUACACUACUUCCUUUUGACAUCUCUCAUGUGGACGUCUGUCGAGGCUAUUCAUUUCUACCUAAGCAUGGUUUUGGUAUUCAGAAAAUAUCAGGCAUCUUUUAUGAUGAGGAGUUCCAUUUUGGCCUGGGGUUUUCCAGCUGUGGCUGUUCUAACUGCACUGCUAGUUAACUACACAGACGGUUACGUCAAAAUUGGACAAGCUUGUUGGCUAUCUGAGCACCACUUUUAUGCUACUUUCCUGGGUCCUGUGGUGACAAUUCUCAUCUUCAACAUUACGAUAUUCAUUCUCAUUAUCUGGCGCAUUAUUUUAAAGAAAAGUAACAAGAAACUUGGACACAAAAGAAGAAAAGUACGUGUUGUUGGCUUCGUUGGUUUGGUUUUCCUUCUGGGACUCACCUGGGUCUUUGCAUUCUUUGCUGUUAACGAAGCAACAGAAGUGUUUGAAUUCCUCUUUGUAAUCUUCAACACUCUUCAAGGAACGUUUAUCUUUAUAUUUUAUUGUGUAUGCAAGAAGGACACCAGAGAUGUCAUCAUAAAGUAUGUAACUACACGAAAGAGAACGACAUUCCCCAUCGGCAGAAGUAGAAGAUAGAAGAUAGAAUAGCAGGUAGAAGGUGUUGUAGAAGGCCUGGUAAUCAGAUAGAAGAUGAAACAGCAGAAACAAGGUUUUAAAUGAAAAUUGAAAAUAAAGAAUACCUCCAAGAAUCGUCUUUGGUCAUAUUUUUGCAUCAUAAGAUCAUAUUUUCUCCAUAUAUAAUAUUAAAUAUAUUUCUUGUAAAGAAUCUUUAUUUGUACCUUUUAAUAAAACAUUAUGCAACCGAGAGACUAUAAUCCAUAAUAAUGUAAUCUAAACAGGUUUCACUGCCUGAUUGUUCCUUGGAACAUAGAAAAACUGAAAAUUUUCUUUCUUACUUUUAAUUUUCUUUUACCUCUGAAAUCUUUCAAUUUUCUCAAUAAAGGAUUAAAUCUGGUUUACUAUUACCUCUUUGUGUUUUUGAAAUGAAAUACUGUAAUGCUUCCGUUUAACUUCAAAUACCGUUUAAAGAAGCAGUAAUUGCGUCACUUAUUUUCAACAUUCCACUAAAUCUUCUGGAAAACCUAAAUGAUGGAAAUAUUCAGCUGACAGGAUGGAAGUGCAUAUAUUUCUUUUCUACACUAGGCACAAGGUCCGAAAUUUUGG